GCUUGGGCGCUGGUGGAUUGCAUCAGCGGGUGCUUCCAGGCUAGUGGCUGUGGCGCCGAGAUCCCAGGAGCCGCAGCGCCCUUCAGGCCGCCUCCCGCUCCUCUGCCCCCGGCCGUCGCUUUUGAGUUCCGUCCUCUCUUCCCGGUUCGCGGAUGUCCGAGGAGAAGGCCAGCAGCCCUUCAGGGAAGAUGGAAGGCGAGGAGAAGCCGGUGGGUGCCAGCCAGGAGAGGCACAAGGAAGACGGCAAGAAGAAGAACAAAGAAGGGUCUGGAGAUGGAGGGCGAGCGGAGUUGAAUCCUUGGCCUGAAUAUAUUAACACGCGUCUUGAGAUGUACAAUAAACUAAAAGCAGAACACGACGCCAUUCUGGCAGAAAAAGCAGCAAAAGAGAGCAAGCCCAUCACAGUCACUCUGCCGGAUGGUAAGCAGGUGGCCGCGGAGUCCUGGAAAACCACGCCUUACCAGAUCGCGUGUGGCAUCAGUCAAGGCCUGGCUGACAACACUGUUAUUGCAAAAGUGAAUAAAGCUGUCUGGGACCUAGACCGUCCUCUGGAGGAAGACUGUACCUUGGAGCUCCUCAAGUUCGAGGAUGAGGAAGCUCAGGCUGUAUAUUGGCACUCAAGUGCCCAUAUAAUGGGUGAAGCCAUGGAAAGAGUCUACGGAGGAUGUUUAUGUUAUGGUCCACCAAUAGAAAGUGGGUUCUAUUAUGACAUGUACCUUGAGGAAGGGGGUGUGUCCAGCAAUGAUUUCUCGUCUUUAGAGACUUUAUGUAAGAAAAUCAUUAAGGAAAAACAAGCUUUUGAAAGGUUGGAAGUUAAGAAGGAAACUUUACUGGAAAUGUUUAAGUACAACAAGUUCAAAUGUCGGAUAUUGAAUGAAAAAGUGAAUACUCCAACUACCACCGUCUAUAGGUGUGGCCCCUUGAUAGAUCUCUGCCGGGGUCCUCAUGUCAGACACACUGGCAAAAUUAAGACUUUGAAAAUACACAAAAAUUCCUCCACAUACUGGGAGGGGAAAGCAGACAUGGAGACUCUCCAGAGGAUUUAUGGCAUUUCGUUCCCAGACCCUAAGUUGUUGAAAGAGUGGGAGAAGUUCCAAGAGGAAGCCAAAAACCGAGAUCAUAGGAAAAUUGGGAGGGACCAGGAACUGUAUUUCUUCCAUGAACUCAGCCCUGGGAGCUGCUUCUUCCUGCCGAAGGGAGCGCACAUUUAUAAUGCACUGAUCGAGUUCCUCAGGAGUGAAUAUAGGAAACGAGGAUUCCAGGAGGUGGUCACCCCAAACAUCUUCAACAGCCGACUGUGGAUGACCUCGGGCCACUGGGAGCACUACAGCGACAACAUGUUCUCCUUCGAGGUGGAGAAGGAGCAGUUCGCUCUGAAGCCCAUGAACUGCCCGGGACACUGCCUCAUGUUCGAUCAUCGCCCGAGGUCCUGGCGAGAGCUGCCUUUGCGGCUCGCCGACUUUGGGGUGCUGCACAGGAAUGAGCUGUCGGGGGCGCUCACGGGCCUCACGCGGGUGCGGCGGUUCCAGCAGGACGACGCGCACAUAUUCUGUGCCAUGGAGCAGAUCGAGGAAGAAAUCAAAGGCUGUUUGGAUUUUCUGCGUACAGUGUACAACAUAUUUGGAUUUUCUUUUAAACUGAACCUGUCUACUCGGCCGGAAAAAUUCCUUGGCGAUAUUGAAGUUUGGAAUCACGCUGAGAAGCAACUUGAAAACAGCCUGAAUGAAUUUGGUGAAAAGUGGGAGUUAAACCCUGGCGAUGGAGCUUUCUAUGGUCCAAAGAUUGACAUUCAGAUUAAGGAUGCCAUUGGGCGCUACCACCAGUGUGCAACCAUCCAGCUGGAUUUUCAGUUGCCCAUCAGAUUCAAUCUGACGUUUGUGAGUCAUGAUGGAGAUGAUAAGAAAAGGCCAGUGAUUAUCCAUAGAGCCAUCUUGGGAUCCGUGGAAAGAAUGAUCGCCAUCCUCACUGAGAACUAUGGGGGCAAAUGGCCCUUCUGGCUGUCUCCUCGCCAGGUAAUGGUAGUUCCAGUGGGACCAACGUGUGAUGAUUAUGCCCAAAAGGUGCGGCAACAAUUCCAUGAUGCUAAAUUCAUGGUGGACAUCGACCUGGAUCCGGGCUGUACAUUAAAUAAGAAGAUCAGAAAUGCACAGUUAGCACAAUAUAACUUCAUCCUGGUUGUCGGUGAAAAAGAGAAAGCCAGCGGCACUGUGAACAUCCGCACGAGAGAUAACAAGGUUCACGGGGAACGCACUGUUGCUGAAACCGUGGCGCGGCUGCAGCAGCUGCAGCAGGCCCGCAGCAAGCAGGCCGAGGAGGAGUUCUAAAGACAGCCCGACGGGCCCAGCGGGAGAGGACGAGCAGUGUGUCCGUGGUGCUCAUUCACUGUGCUCUGGAAAGCCUUGAUUUGUCCUGAACUUGGAUUGUGUGGCAGAGUCUGCGUAGGUGACUGCAGGGGAGGAACCUGUUUUGACCUCAACAGGUUUUAGAUAAUGUGUAUCUGCUGGAGAUAAUUAAAAGAGACUCAUUUAAAUGAUUUUAUUCAUUAAUUACCUGAGCACUGGAAAUAGAUAACAAGGAAUGCUUUAGUGUGAUGAGGGAGAACAUUUUUUUUUAAAUUUAAUGCAAUGGAAAAAUGAGUUUUCAAAUUUGAUUCGGGUAAAAGAAAGAUUAUAAUUGGAUUAUGGCAUAAAAAUAAAAACUUUAACUCGUGUAAAUUUCAAGACUUCUGACCGUCACAUACCUCCUCCCCGGAACAGAUUGCAUGUCAAGAUUAAUCUUUAAUGUUCUAUAGCAAACGUGUUAGGUGGGUGGAGGGGAGCGGGUCUGCAGUGUGUGUGGUCUUUAGUUGGGCCGGGAGCGAGAGCCUGCUUCCCGGUGGCAGAAUGGCAUCUUGUAGGAGCAACGCUCUUACUCAGCUUCUUUUUGGACAUAAACCUUUUAAACAAUUGAAGCCAACCAUGGGUCUAAUGGAGAUUAUUUGCACAGAUUUUUAAGAUACAUUCGGUAAAGGAAUAUAUGUUUAUGGCACACUGUUUUGGGCCAUUCAGUCCCUUGUUAAUACAAAUUCCCAAUUCUCUCUCUCAGGAUAGUUUUUGAAUUUUGCUAUCAGUGCAUGAUGAGUGAGAGAACACCACAAAAUAAGGAAUUCCUUAUGUAGAUAGAUAUGAAUCUCUAAUGUAAUCACUUUGAAAAGGCAACAUCUUGGCAGUUUCUAAUAUCCCAAUAGGGUGUUUGCAAGGGUCACUGAAAAGCAAAGCCAAUUUGCGUAGAUUACCCCUCACUCUAACACAGGAGAUAGGAUCUUAAUCAGGGGUUUUUGGAAAUUCUGUAAUAACGCCUUGCUUCUAAGACAUAGUCUUUGAUAGGUUUGUAAUUACUUUUUAUAUAUGUCUUGAGGGAAGCGAUAUUUCAACCAAGUCAAACUAUUAACAUCAAGAGCAUCUAGUGGGAAUCCUUUUAAAACUAUAUUUUGUUUUUAUUUCUUUAAUCUAAAAUUCACAGUAUCUUAGUUUCGAUUUUUCUUCAGUUUUAAAAAUUUCAUAUUACAUAUUUAAUUUGUAGUCCAAACAAAUGUGUAACAUGGAUUUUUCUUACCUAUUUUAUACUAAAAGCAAUGACUGGCUAUACAAUGUAUUAGCAGUGUACUUGAGAUCAUUGCAGAAGCUUCAUAAAUCCUUCAGAACUUUAAAGAUGCAAAAGUUAUUAAAGCCUAGGUUGGCAGAGCCACGAGCGGAAGAAUCCUCUCUGUAGCAGGCCCUUAGCCUAGUCCUUCCCGGGAAACCUCAGGGAACCACCCAGAAGGGCUCUUACAAUCUGCAGGCGGCUUGUCCCGUCAAAGCUCUCUUCUCUGUGGCCUGUUUUGUUUGCUUUUCAGUCCCUUUCCUGGAAGGCAGCGGCUGUCCUAGUUACUGACUCACUCACCUGUUCUGUUCAGGUUUACGACAUAACAAUGGAAAGACUCCCAACUGCUAAGCCUCUGAGCAUCUAGUCUACUGAGAGUCAUCUUGGUAAUCAAAUAUACAGGGACGAUUUGAGAA